AUGGCUAAGAUUUCACAAGACGUUUCAUCAUCUCGUUCAAAAGCCAGAAAGGCUCACUUCACCUCAUCUUCAGUUGAGAGAAGAGUCAUCAUGUCUGCUCCAUUGUCAAAAGAAUUGAGACAACAAUACAACAUCAAGUCAUUGCCAAUCAGACAAAAUGACGAAGUUUUGGUCGUUAGAGGAUCAAAGAAAGGUUCAGAAGGUAAAAUUAACAGUGUCUACAGAUUGAAAUUCUCCGUACAAUUGGAAAAAUUACAAAAGGAAAAAUCCAACGGUGCUUCAGUACCUUUGAACAUUCACCCAUCAAAAGUUGUCAUCACCAAAUUGCACUUGGACAAAGACAGAAAAGCUUUGAUUGAAAGAAAGGGUGGUAAAUUGGAAUAA